AUGAUAAUGUGUCAAUGUCCGCAUUAUUUUAUGAACAACGUUAAUCUUUUUGAAUCUGUACCCGUAGAAGAUCGAGAAAAACUAUUAAAUAGUAUUGAAACAAAUGUCGUACCGUCUGAAACUGAUUAUUAUACAAUCAAUCCAUUAGGAAAAAAUGUGAACGAUACCAACGACGAAUACUGGAAAGCAGUUAAGUUUUAUUCUACAAAUAAUAUUAAUAAAGAUUUUCUUCACGAUAUUAUUCAUGCUGUACAGGUUUGGGAUACAUUGCUAUCUCAAUACUUUGCAUCCACAAAAGGAACUGACCAUCUUGAUCAUUUAUUAUUAGUAUUAUUUGUAUUUAAAGCGAUAGAUGGGAAUGUGCCACUAAAGCACUUACAUCGGCGGCAAAUACCCGAUCAUGCACCAGAACGUCCGACAAAGAGUGCUCUACGCCGCUGGAGACGUGAGCGGCUAGAGGUGCGUAUUGCCAGUGGAAGUGGCAGUCGUAAAAAACCGCCCGCCCUGCAAUCAUCAGUUCGGUUAGCGACCCCUCGACGUGCUAUCGAGGAGCCAGUCGUUAUCGAACCACGCCCGUGUUUUUCGCCACGAGGCGACAUAUUGGAAGGUUUCCCUGGCGAGUCCCCCGAUGCAAGGACCCCAGACCGUGUCAGUGUCGAAUCUUUUUCGGCCGAUUCCACGGAAGAAGGGAUGCUUCUGGACCGAUCGCCAGACAACGGAGUCAGCGAUCUCGACGAAUUGGCGGCACACCUGGAACUCGACCACGAUGAAGACUAA